UCUGGAUUGUGCGAGAAGCAAAAGAGAAGGAAACAUGGGUUGGGUAUGGAAGGACGACGACGAUGAUCAGAACUCCGGUGAAAUCACCGAAUUCAAAGAUUUGAACCCUAGAUCUGAUGCUGGGUGCUCGACGAGGAAGAUUAUCUCUUCCCAGUGCAGAACGGAGGAGGUAGAGCCUGGUAAAUUCAUCAGAAAAUGCGAGAAAACCGAGCAACUUCUUAGAGACUCCGUUGGAAGACGAUCUGAAGUGGUGCAAUCUAACAAGGAAUACACAGAAGAAGAUGUGACUGAACAGAUGACAAAAGGAUCUUUUUUCCCCAUUCAGUCAUCACAACAACCUGCUACACCAUUUGAUUUCCCUGGGUUACGCACUGAUAUAGAAGCAAUUGAACGAAGUCUGUUUGGGAACAUGAAUCGUUUCUUCGAGGCUGCUGAAGGGCUUUUUGGUUUUUUCGGGGGUUCUCCUCAGCUACACCAAGGAGAAGGAGAUUCAAAAUCCAUUUUCGGGUCUCCUUCUCCUCCUUCUAGUCUUUAUGAUGGGUAUUCCAAAUCUUCAGAAUCGACUGUACCCAUUCAGUCUCACCCUCCUAAAGCUGUUAAGCCCAACACAGGUGAUGGAGAUGUUGAUCUUUCGGGUUUGGCAAGAGAUGUUUGAAUGAUAUGGUAUGAUAAAAUCUUGAUGGUUGAGUAGGUUUUUGAUCAAACUUUAUAAAACAUUCAUAAGCUAGUAUAGAUAUGAUCUCGUUUUUAUGUCUCUUUCUGCUGUUGAUGUUUGUUGGACGCGUUUUAAAUGAUAUAUAGAUUUGUGGUUUUUUAAUUGUUUUAUGUGGAAAUCAAAGUCAAAAGUCAAAAGUCAAAAGUCAAGG